UCCCAAGCUUGUCAAUUGAUAGCAAGAAAAAUUCCCUCCGAGACGAGACGGUCUUGCCCGCUCGCGUUCCGUAUCACCACAUUUCCCGCCGCUGCCGACGCCGUUGAUUGCUUCCGUUCCGUGUUGCGAGCGAGCACUUCAAUUGAGCGCGCCCUCCGGUUAGACUGUUUCCCGCCCACAGCCCGGUUCUCCUUUUGUUUUUCUCUCCGUUUUCGUUUCCUCAGUUUCCCAAAGCAAAUCCGCCGCUAUGUCGCGCUACCUCCGACCAGCGGCCCGCCUGGCUGCAACCGCGCGCGCGUCCGCCGUCCGCCCGGCCGCGACCUCGCCCUUCAUCUCCAGAGCCGCUGCCGUGCCCAGCCUACAAAAACGGACGUAUGCCGAUGCCUCCGGCGUCAAGGAGUACACGGUCCGCGACGCCCUGAACGAGGCGCUCGCCGAGGAGCUCGAGUCCAACCCCAAGGUGUUCAUUAUGGGCGAGGAGGUUGCUCAGUACAACGGCGCAUACAAGGUCACCAAGGGCUUGCUAGACCGCUUCGGCGACAAGCGGGUUAUUGACACACCGAUCACCGAAAUGGGCUUCGCCGGUCUGGCGGUUGGCGCUGCCCUGAGCGGGUUGCACCCGGUUUGCGAGUUCAUGACCUUCAACUUCGCUAUGCAAGCCAUCGACCACGUCGUCAACUCGGCCGCCAAGACGCUCUACAUGUCCGGUGGCAUCCAGCCGUGCAACAUCACCUUCCGCGGCCCCAACGGCUUCGCCGCCGGUGUCGCCGCCCAGCACUCGCAGGACUACUCGGCCUGGUACGGCAGCGUCCCGGGCCUCAAGGUGGUCGCUCCGUGGUCGGCCGAGGACGCCAAGGGUCUGCUCAAGGCCGCCAUCCGGGACCCAAACCCGGUCGUGGUGCUCGAGAACGAGCUGCUGUACGGCCAGUCGUUCCCCAUGUCCGAGGCGGCGCAGAAGGACGACUUCGUGCUGCCCUUCGGCAAGGCCAAGAUCGAGCGCGCCGGCAAGGACCUGACCAUGGUGUCGCUGUCGCGGUGCGUCGGCCAGUCGCUCGUCGCGGCCGAGAACCUCAAGAAGAAGUACGGCGUCGAGGUCGAGGUCAUCAACCUGCGCAGCAUCAAGCCGCUCGACGUCGAGACCAUCGUCAAGUCGGUCAAGAAGACCCACCGGCUGAUCUCGGUCGAGUCCGGCUUCCCGGCCUUCGGCGUCGGCGCCGAGAUCCUCGCCCUCACCAUGGAGUACGCCUUUGACUACCUCGACGCGCCCGCCCAGCGCAUCACCGGCGCCGACGUCCCGACCCCCUACGCCCAGAAGCUCGAGGAGAUGAGCUUCCCCACCGAGGAGGUCAUCGAGAAGUUCGCCGCCAAGCUGCUCCGCCUCUAGGCUGCUUCAUUCAACGUGGUUGACGCUGCAUGGUGAGAGGAUGGGGGGAGGGGGGGUAUAUCAGCAAGCUUCGGGGUCGAGACCCGGCGCUGAAGGUGACAAGGAAGAAGAAACCUGCGCUUUCUGCCUGCCACAUUUUUUCGUUUGUGUGCCUGGUCACGGACAGGGGCCCGGGAUAUCUUCGGUGAAGCAGGCUGGUAAUGGUGUCUAAUAGACAGGCUAUUGUUGGGAGUUUGUGUACUUGUACG